AUGGAUGCAUUUUACUGGUCCAACACCUGCCUGGAUCUAAACACCAUAGAGGAUUACGCACACACCUCAAGCAGAAAUGCCUCGUUCAUGCGUCCAGACAACCAGCGCCGCAGGAGACGCACCACAUUCAGCAAAGCGCAGCUGAUGGCGCUGGAGAGGACCUUUUCCAUCACGCAGUAUCCAAACAUAAAGAUGAGAGAGACCCUGGCCUCUAUGACCGGUCUGCCUGAAUCCAAAAUCCAGGUCUGGUUCCAGAAUCGCCGUGCAAGACAUUUCAAGAGCAGAAAGGGAAUACAACAGAUCCCAAAACACAGCGAGUCCAUCCACUUCCACCCUCCUCUCAGCCCCCCUUUCGCGCAGGUCCCAGUUUUCCAGUCUCCUCCAAGUUUGCACGGCUCUCCAGGCUUCGCUGACUUCCAGGGCCCCCAGUCUCUGCACCCUGGGUCUCUGCACCCUUUAUCCCCAGGUCCAGCCGCGGUCCCCAUGUCUCCAUGUGGGCACAGGAGAGAGAGCUAUGAGGAGACUGUGCCAGACUUCUUUAGCGACCUUUGUGGGGAUGAGCUCCAGCACAGCAGCGCGAUCAAUGACUGGGAUGUCCCCGAGGAGCUGGAGGCAUUUCUGGGGGUGAAUGACUCUUUUGAGCCCGUCCAAGUCCAAACCCAAACCCACUACGGGCGACAGGAGGUCAAACCCGAGGCGAAGCAAAGCGUACACGCAGAAGAGCCAGCGUCAGACCUGUCCGACCUGUCCGUACAAGAUCUGUGCGAUUUCAAAUUGUCUGAUGUGGAGAUUUCUGCGGCUAUAAUUGAUUAUUUUCUCAAUUGA